CCGACUUGACACGCAUCACACAUCAGCUACACAGCAGCGCAUCACCCGAACCCUCCACACACACACUCACACCUGUGGUUUUUAACGUCUACCUGCAGAGAGCGGUCUGGAACAUCAUGGGCAACGUGCAGCCCACCAUAGUCCCAUAUGAGGACUUCGAUGUCACAGCUGAUAUUAAGGCGAUCAGAAAAGCGUGCAAAGGCUUGGGCACAGACGAAGAGGCCAUUAUUCAGAUCCUGGCCAAUCGUUCUGCAGCUCAGCGUGUGGAGAUCAAACAGGCCUACUUCGAAAAGUACGAUGAUGAGUUGGAGGAGGUGCUGAAGAAGGAGCUGACAGGCAGUUUUGAGAACGCCGUUAUGGCCAUGUUGGAGCCUCAGCGGGUUUACUUCGCCAAGGAGCUGAGGAAGGCCAUGAAGGGGGCGGGAACGGACGAAGCCGUGCUGGUGGAGAUCCUGUGCACGGCCACCAAUGAGGACAUCUUGAGCUUCAAGGAGGCUUAUGCCCAGGUGCAUGAGCGUGACUUAGAGGCAGACAUCGAGGAUGACACCAGUGGAGAUGUGAGGAACCUGCUGGUGUCGCUGCUGCAGGCGAGCAGGGACGAGGGCUACGAGGUGGACGGGGAUUUAGCCGAACAGGAUGCCGCAUCUUUGUUUGAGGCAGGGGAAGGCAGGUUUGGCACAGAUGAGUCGACCUUCACUUACAUCCUGACACACAGGAACUACCUGCAGCUUCAGGCCACCUUUAAGGCCUAUGAGUCGCUUUCAGGGACGGACAUUUUGGACACCAUUGACUCCGAGGCAACAGGGACUCUCAAGGACUGCUACAUCACUCUGGUCAGGUGUGCUAAGAACCCGCAGCUGUAUUUUGCACGACGCCUUAAUGCCGCCAUGAAGGGGGUGGGCACCGAUGAAGACACUCUCAUUCGCAUCAUUGUAGGCCGCUCUGAGAUCGACCUGGACACAGUGAAGGACAUGUACCUGGAGAAAUACGACGUUACCCUGAGGGAUGCUCUGGACUCAGAGUGCGGCGGAGACUUCAAACGCCUCCUCAUUGAGAUCCUGCACUGAAACAUCACGCCACCUUCCUGCAGGCCUUAUUUAACCAACCCUUCCUCCUCCUCUUCUUUAUACUCCUCUUUACCAGUUUCACUCAUUCACUUCGUGGACGUCUUUCUAUCUGUCAUCCAUCUCACAUCUUUUUGUGACAGUCAGUUCUCUUUGCAGCAUGGACCAAAAAUUCAGCUUAUUAUUAUAUGAUACAGUGUUUUACACAUGGUUAACUUACAUUCGCAGUCUUUAAAUACACAAUUAACAAGAUUAUUACACUCAGUGGACAUUUUCUUACUGUUUUAGCCCAGUACACAUUGAAUAUUUGUUAUGGCAGCAUUGUGGAGCUUCUAUGACACCUGUGCAGCUGAGCAUCAUGUUAAUGCAUUCAUCCAAACCUUCACAAUCAGCGGCUUUACAGUCUCUUUGUAUUUCACCAUUUCCAGCAUAUCCCAAAGCGAGUGGCUGCAGCUGCUCAACUUAAACUAUGUAGCCUCUUGUAUUUGUCACUGUAUUCAUUUCAUUUCAUCGUCAUCCAUUAAUCCACCACUAUUUGCCUCAAAGAUGCCUUUCAUAAGAUGGCAGAGAUGUAAUUUCCUUUUCGCCGCAGCACUCAACACUUAAGUGCCGAAUUAUGACGUUUGAUCUCUGAUAUCUGAGUACACCAUCGAGCGUGACUGGAUUAUUACCCUGAUGUCAAAAGCCUGAACUCUUUGAGUACACGUUACUGGGUUUUUGUAGCCACGUCCCUCUAUGUGGGAUUUUUAACUCAGACAGUUUGUAGCCUUAUUUCUAAUCACAGCUCACAUUUACACACUUUAUUAGACAGUUGCUCUUUUCCAGUUGUCAUUAAAUUUACUUAUACUAAAUAAAGACACAGUCCUACAUGAUGAAUGUGCAUCACUGUGCAUUUAAGAUCAUUAAAUUAUGAUACUAAUGUUGAAAAAGAGACAAAGACAUUUUGCUCUGUAACCCCUGAACAAGAAUCACUGAUAAUGGUCUCACUCGCUGCAUCCAUGUAUGCAAUUGUAUCUUGUAUGUAAUUGUAUUUCAAACCAAGAUUACAGUAAUAUAAAUUACUAUAAUAUAUCGUUGUAUAGCAGAGUAAUAAACUAAGUUAUAGGAAAGAAGUAAUUGUUAACAUCUUGUAGUGGCAUAAAACAAUGUGGUAUCUGUAUGCAGUGAUAAUAAAUUUUA